GGGAGGGAGCUGAGGGCUGAUUUUUAUCUUUUACCGGAUCGAGAAAGGGAGGAGGCACGGAGAAUGAGUUAUUCUUGUAGCAGCACAGAGCCUGUUUGCUGUACGCUGUAUUAGGCAGCGCGUCACUCAAGGCUCCGACGCAAGUAAAUCGGCUCCUGCGGCGACGACGCCGAGAGCAUCAGAAAGCCUCAGUUCCUGUCAGGGUGCACACCGAUCAGCCCUCUUCUGUCGGACAUGAAAGUGCAGCAAGGCUGCAACUCAUCAGACAUGGGGAUCCCAGUUACAACCGAAGAAGAAUUGCGCAGAAAUACCGUAAUAACGCCCGAGGAUGUGCUUGGGCUACAGAAGAUCACCAAGAAUUAUCUUUGUUCUCCAGAAGAAAACGUCCACAUGAUCGACUUCACCAGGUUUAAGAUCCGCGACAUGGAAACAGGGACAGUCCUGUUUGAGAUUACUAAACCCCCAACACCAGCGGGAGGUAAAAAGCACUGUGACCCCAACGCUGGCCGUUUUGUCCGAUACCAGUUCACCCCAGCCUUCCUGCAGUUGCGGCAGGUUGGAGCCACGGUGGAGUUCACAGUGGGUGACACGCCCAUCAACAACUUCCGCAUGAUUGAGAGACACUACUUCCGCGAUCAGCUGCUCAAGAGCUUUGACUUCGAGUUCGGUUUCUGCAUGCCCAGCAGCAAGAACACGUGUGAGCACAUCUACGAGUUCCCCGCACUGUCUGAGGAAAUCAUGCGGGAGAUGAUCCUGCAUCCUUAUGAGACGCAGUCUGACAGCUUCUACUUUGUGGACAACAAGCUGGUGAUGCACAACAAGGCAGAUUAUUCCUACAGUGGGGGGCCAUAGGAAGACCUCCACCCUCCACCCUUUACUCCCCCCUGUUCUAGACAUUCUCCAUGAUCCAGGUACCACUUCAGGACCAGAAGCAGAUGGACUGAUGGACAAAUCACUGGCAGUAAAUACUCUUUUCUCACUCCUGUUAACUCCAUGUAUUUCCAUUCAGGUAUUCAGCCGCCUGACCAGUCAGAUUUCUCCCUCUGCCUCUUUGCAGGAACAUUGAAUUCUGCCAGUUUUAUCAUCAGUUUGCAUCAGUGUGUGUGUGUGAGCGAGUGUGUGGGCAGUAAACACAUGCAGUGUCUGUACAUACUGUUGAUUUCAGUCUGUAUAUGUGGUUUCAACUUGAUCAUCAGGAACACAUUGAUUAAUUUACAUUUUGUGUGUUUUGAUAGCCGUUAUGUGAAGAGUAAGAGGAGACAGUUAGUCUUGUUUGUCCUGAAACACACCAGGAGACAAAGAGAGAAAUUAAGUUACCCUGUAAAAGUUUAAUAAUAAUGAAUCCAUUCAGAUGUAUAUUUAUAUAGUUUGUAUAGGAAUCUCAUUACAUUUUUACUCCUGAAGGUUCUUAAAUUUGUAGAAGCACACAUGAGAAUGAUUCAGUCCUCCUCCCAUGAUCUGUCACUGUUCAGUUGAAUGACAAACAGAGAUGUGUACUUUGUCUAUGUGAAUGUGUCAUUUGUUUUAUGUUUUCAUGUUCAUAGUACUACUACGCCAGGAGUAUUUUUUAAAGAAAUAGCCAUUUUGAAGUGUAAGAAAACAUACAUUAGCCAAAAGUCAAAAGUCAGAUACCAAUUUUGAUAUCCAGUAUGUUCUCUGUAGUACUGAACACUGUGUAUACUUUAUGAUAAAUGUUUUAAGUAUAAAAUUAAAAACUAUGUAAAGUUUUGACAGCUGAAUUCCAUCACUGCAAUAAAUAUGGGAUUUUUUUUCGAAA